AUGCCAGUCGAACUCCGGAAACGCCCACCGCCAAAGGAAACCGCGACUCCACCACCGACCGCCAAACGUAGCAGCAAUCCGGUCAAGAAACUCGCCGAGAAGGCCAAAGAAGCCGUCUCGGGAGGUCCCAAAAACGGCGGCAAGAAGAGCACCAAUGGAACUGCCACCGCCGCUGCCCCUGCUGCCGUUGCUGCUGAAGAUCCAACCCCAGCUCCAGCUGUGACGAAGAACGGCGGUGCAGGUUCCAAGAUCGCCGUUGGCGAGACGGUCGACCUCGAGGGGUUUGGAGGCACAGUGCAGACCCACGAUGGGAAGGACACGACUUUGAAGAAGCUGGUGGAAGAGAGUUUGGCAGGUGUGGUUAUUUUCACGUAUCCAAGGGCCAGUACGCCUGGUUGCACCACGCAAGCCUGUCUGUUUCGAGACAGCUAUGCCCCCAUCACCGGUGCUUCGCUCGCGGUCUACGGUCUAAGUACCGAUAGUCCCAAAGCCAACACGACCUUUGCGACGAAGCAGAAGCUGCCGUAUCCGCUGUUGUGCGACCCAAACGCGACAUUAACAUCCGCGAUCGGGCUCAAGAAGCCCGGGCCGGGCAAAUCGACCGCGCGAGGCGUGAUUGUCAUCGACAAGCAGGGCAAGAUCCGCGUGCACGAGCAAGCCGGUCCGCAGAAGACAUUGGACGUCGUGCUCGAAUACAUCAAGACCGAGGGCUUCACUGAGACCGGUGCUCCAUCUGCCGUGGCAGCUCCACCGGCUGAUGAUCCCGCCGCGACGGAGGAAGCGGCGAAGCUGGCUGACCCAAAGUUGUUGGCCGAUCCGGAUGUCAAAAUGGAUGAGGCGCCCUUGAUUUCGACUCCGUCCAGAGAGGAGGCGGAGGCGGCGGAGACGGCCGCGCAGGUGGGCGAGACGGCCGCUAAGAUUGAUUCGGCUGAUGGUGCUGUCAAGGCAUAA